UGAAGCAGAAAAUUUUCACUGCGGUAGGACGCUGUUUGCGGAAAUGUUAUCUUAUAUAAAAAUUAAUAAUUUCAAAACGUAUGUGGGAGAAAUUGUUAUUGGUCCUUUGCGAUCAUUGACAGUUGUGCUAGGGAGAAAUGGGUCAGGUAAAUCAAACUUUACAGAUGCUAUUGGCUUUGUCAUGGGAACUAAGCUGGCUCUAUUACGUGCAAAUAAUUUUUCUAACUUGAUUCAUGGAGGAAAUGUCAGGAAACCAACAUCAGAUACAGGUUCAGUGACAGCUGUUUUUAAUUUGGAGGAUGGUACAGAGAAAGAGUUCACUCGCAUUAUUAAAAUGCAGCAACAGACAUCAUCUGCUCUUUCUUUAUAUCUUGUUAAUAACGAGGAAGUGGAUGAAAAGGCUUACCUAAGCGAACUUCAGACUUUAGGUGUGUGUGUAACGUUUGAGAAUUUUUUUGUUUUCCAAGGGAACGUUGAAACAUUCGUGAGGAUGAAACCAAAGAAUUUUACUUCUGUAAUUGAGGAGUUAUCUGGCUCUGGAACUCUUAAGGUGCAGUAUGAUGAUUUACACAAAAAGAUGAAGAAAAUAGAAGAUCAACUAAACCAGUUGGCUCUCCGGAGGAAGACUUUAAUGACAGAGAAUAAAAAGAAGAAAACAGAAAUGCUGAUAUACAAGGAAUACCACAAUUUGAUACAGGAAUUGGAAAUAAUUCAGUUAGAUGAAAAGCUAGUACUUUUAUAUGACAAUGAGAGGCAAGCCAAACACUGCGAAGAAGAGUGUAAAAGGUUUGAGGACAACAUAUGGAUGUUGAAAAGACAGAGGACAAAGGCACUUCAGGAGCUCAGACACAAAAAUCUUGAUAAAUUGCGUGUCCACGUUUCUAAAACAGCUGCAGACGUACAUAAAAUGGAAGCUGAAUAUAAGAAGAAAUGUCAAGCAUUAAAGUGCAAAGAAAGAAAUGUGGAACACCUGACGCACAAAGUGAAGUUAGUUGUCGAUUCUCUAGAGAGAGAGAGGCAACUUGAAGGAAAACAGAGACAGAUUAUCGAACAGCUUGAGAAAGAUCUCGCCGAAGUACAGGGAAUGGAAAAAGAGUACGAGAAACUGAUUCAGAGUCAGGAAAUAGAUGAACAGAUAGAAGAAGAAAGGGUUAAAGAGUACGAUAAACUAAAACAAGAGACUGGGAAGCAGGCUGCUGUACUUCGACGGCAACUGUACGACGCUGAAAAGGAAAAGAAAGACCUACAAGACAUUUUGGACAGGGAAUUAUGUAAGAAAGUUCAUAUCAGCCGUCAGCAGCAAGGGAUCGGUAAAGCAAUCGACAAUGCAAUUUUACGCUUGCAAAAAAUUGAUUCCUAUAUCAGGGAAAAGGAAAUAUCUCUGCAUGAAAAGAAGAAAUUACAGGAUAAAUCAGAAACAGAAAUUAACAACACUAAUAAAGAAAUUGAAAAUGUGAAAAGAGACCUGGAGACCGUAGUGAAGCAUCUGAACCAAAUUAAUAUAGGGAGCGAACUUUUCUUAAAAGAGAAAAAGAAACAAGAUGUCGUGAGGGAUUUGAAGAUGGCAUUUGGUGAUAAUAUUAUUGGACGAAUGUCAGAUCUCUGCCAACCGAUCCACGAACGUUACAAAUUGGCUAUUACCAAGGUAAUGGGUAAAAACUUAAGUGCGUUGAUCGUACAAAACAAGCAGACUGCUCUGGAAGUUAUUAAUUACCUUAAGACGUUGCACAUACCACCCGAGAUUAUACUUCCACUCGAUACCAUUAAAGUUUAUCCCAUUCAAGGACGACUCAGGAAUCUCAGUGUACCAUCUGGGGAGAAUGUGAAGUUGUUGUAUGACGUGAUUCACUGCAGUACCCCAGUUAUGGAGCCAGCUGUCAAAUUUUCUGUUUCAAAUUGUCUCGUGUGUGAGACUGCAGAUACUGCAAGAUAUUUGGCUUACGAGAUGGACUCCACAGUGAAGUAUAACGCUGUUUCUUUGGAUGGCACCUAUUAUCAUAAGGGAGGCAUAGUGUCUAGCGGAAAAGCGAGCUUGCAACAGAAAGCAAAGCGUUGGCUGGGACAAGAAAUUCUUGAAGCACAAAAUCGGAAGACAAAACUGCGUGAGAAGUUACAAGAGUUACAGAAGCGAUGCAGAAUGGCACCAAACGCAAGAGAGACUUCUGACGAAAUAUGCAGCCUAGAGACGCGAGUGAAAUAUGCGAAGGAGGAUAGGAAUAGAGUGUCAGAAAAAGUCAUAGAACUGCAGUCACAAUUGGAAAGAUUGAACGCUCAGUCCGCAGACGUUGACUCUUUGAUUGCAGACCUUGAACAAAAAAUGCUGGAUCAUUCUAACGAGAGACAAACAAUUCAAAAUGAGAUGAACUUACUCGAGGAUGCUGUAUUCGCUGAUUUCUGCGACAAGAUCGGCGUAGCAAAUAUUCGUGAAUAUGAGGGAAUCGGUCUCAGAUCAUACAAAGAAAAAGCAGAGAAGAGAAUUGAACUGUCUUCACAUAAGCAGAAUAUUAUGACCCAGCUGCAGUACGAACAUGAGAAGCGUACGGCUAGAAAUGGAAUGCUAAAAAAGGAGCAGGAAUUGAAGGAACUUGAAGGUAAAUUGGAAUCAGAGAAAUGUAACGUGCAGGAAAGUGAGGAAGACAAAGCCAAUUACAAACAAAAGUUUGAAGAUCUUAAAUUAAAGCUGGAGAGCACGAAGGAGACGUUCCUUUCUGCCGAAAAGGAAGUAACCAAGGCUAAAGAUGAUGUGAAGACACUUGCAGAAGAUAUAAAGGAGGGGUCAUCGCAGUUGAGCAGUAUGAGGCUGAAGAGUGAAAAUUUGAAAUAUGAACGUCACACUCUUCUAUUACAGUGCAAGGUUCAGGGACUGAAUAUUCCCAUGACGCAGGGGACGAUGGCUGACAUUCAUGAAUCAUCCUUUAAUGAAAGCUUUUCUUCCUCACAAGGAAUGGAACAAGACGAGAAAAGGAUUAUAAUUGAUUAUGCUCGGCUUUCGGAGAGCUAUAAAGAAGCGAGCGACGUUAAAAAGGUAGUGAGACAGUUGGGUCUGAAUAUUGAAGACACGAUGUUUAAAAUUAGGUCUGCAAAUCCUAAUAUGAAGGUGGUCGACGAGUUUGACGCCAUACAGUCAGCGUUAAAGAAUAUAUGCUCAGAAGCCGAAUCAGCAGUGAAGAUUCUGCGUCAUGAUGGGCACAGAUUUAAGCAGAUCAGAGAUGAUCGCACACACAAAUUCAUGGAAUGUUUUAAUUUCCUGGAAACUGAGGUUGAUAAUGUCUAUAAGAAACUGUAUGAGGCUCAGAAUGGAGAGGCCAUUCUGACAUUGGAAAAUGCAGAAGAGCCUUACCUUGCAGGGGUGAGGUACAGCGUACAAGUUCCGGGCAAGAAAUGUGUCGCGAUGGAUUGUCUUUCUGGUGGCGAGGCUGCAAUGGCAAGCUUGGCAUUUAUGUUUGCUUUAAACAGAUACAGAAAAGCACCAAUCAUAAUUCUUGAUGAACCAGAUGGAUCACUUGACCAGAGAAAUGUAAUGAGAUUUGCAAAAUUUUUGAAGCAAAAUAACCAUUCGCAGAUAAUCGUCAUUACACAUCGCUAUCGAAGCGCUUAUGCUGUAGUAGCGGAUGACGUCACUGGCGUAGUGAAAGAGACUGAAAAUGGUUUAACAGUCAGUAAAAUGAAUAUUGUGGAUCUCGCUGAGUAUCAGAUGCCUGACGAAGAAAUGUAGAAUGCUAAUGUUAUAUUAAGUUAAAAAUAUAAGUUGAAAAAUGUCUUCCAAAGUCUGACGUACCUUAUUUUGAUGCAGUAGUGAGAUAAUGCUAAUAUUUAAGCAGAAAUAUUAAUUAAAGGUAGAAAAUAUAGUUUUCAUAUACGUUUGAGUGUGUGGAAUACUUUUGAAUUUUACCAGGUGUUAUUGAAUGAUCCUCUUAAAGAAACAGUAAUGCAGCCAUUUCAAACUCACAUAUUGAUAUAAUUGAUAUACAACAUACUCAGGAUGUAAAUAUAAUUGAGAAGAAUCUUCAAAAUAUUUGUCCAUAAUAAAAUCACUAUAAUCAAUAAAUAAAUCAAAAGAAGAAACUGGUUUGUUUAUCAGCAAAAAAAAAAGAUAAACACAAAAUAUAUCGGAAGAUAAUAAAUUGUUUGCUUCUGCGUUGCAGUGUGUUAAUAUAUAACGUCAACAUGAUAACAUAAUGGCGGUAUAAUUGGUGUAAUGUAACUUUUAUAUCGUACACAUAACCGCGUUAUAACUACGUAUAAAAGUAAUCUGUUCUAAAUGGUUCUGAUACAAUCGAUAAUCUCACGUUAUUAAAUUAUAACAUCAGAUGAUAGUCAAAGUUCAAAAACACAACAGUUCAAUGACGUCACGAUAUUUGCUGAUACUAACACAUUCUAUAUCAUAAAAAUUCUAUAGAAGGAUCAUUCGAUUAAUUUGCAACCAUAAAUAACUCUUGUUACGCAGAUUAAAAUCUUGAAUCAGAAUAAUUAUCCACAGUAUAUACAAAAUAACGUCUUGGCUUCACGUCCAAAACUUAAUAUUGCCAAAUAGGAUUUUAAGUCGCUGGAUAAACUUUGUUAUAAUAUAAUACAAUAUAUAACUAGCCGUUUUCAAAUUACAACUUUAAAACUGAUAUUAAUCUAUUGUGAUUCACGAUAAAACAGCUGGAAAUCACGUUUUCAAUAAAAUAACUUUAUUCCAUUGUUAUGCAUGUUCAAGUUUGAUUUGUUUUCUAGUAGAAAUUUGUUAUAA